AUGGCCAUCCUGCGCAACACAGCUAUGAAAGUAUUUGUAGAACAUCUGUUCUAUGAUACACUCUCCUGCAGGAACUUACAAUCCAGUGAGGACCUGAGAGAGCCGUGGUCCCAUAAAAGACUGAGGAUCCUGAGUUCAACUAGAACAUGGGGUGCCUCUUGCCAGGAAAUAACACCAGGGUCUCUAACCAACUCAACUGUCUCCAUUUUCCAGGCCAAGUCCCUGCUACUGUUGGUGUUGGGGCUCACUCUUUUGAGUGAGGUGGCAGCUCGGAAACAUCUAAAGGCAGGGGAAACUGCUCUGUGCCCUCCUCUGGAGGAUAAUAGUGUGAGGGUUGACAUUCGCAUCCUCAGGCAAAACCGGGGUAUUUCCAUCUCAAAUGAUUUCCAGAAUCGCUCCAGCUCCCCCUGGGACUACAACAUUACCCGCGACCCCCACCGGUUCCCCUCAGAGAUUCAGGAGGCCCAGUGCAGGCACUCUGGCUGCAUCAAUGCCGAAGGGCAGGAAGACAGCUCCAUGAAUUCGGUUCCCAUCCAGCAGGAGUUCCUGGUCCUGCGGAGGGAGCCCCAGGGCUGCUCUCGCUCCUUUCGCCUGGAGAAAGUGCUGGUGACCGUAGGCUGCACCUGUGUCACCCCCAUCGUCCGCUAUGUGCGUGCCUGAACAUCAGCUUGGCCGAGGAAGCCCUGAAAUGCCCCUCCUUACCCAGCGCUCUGCAGCAAGUCCAGUGUGGUCCCAAUUCUCUCCCCUUCAUAGGCUUCUUGGUAAGACCUGCCUGGAAUUCUCAAAGCUCUGUAUUAGAUAUAGUGUUAGCUUCUGAAUCAUAACGUAGU